AGGACUGUAGCAUACAGAAGCCCCCAGGGGAACCACAAGCUGGUGUGUUUCUAUCCCCGUGAGCCUCGAAGGCCUUUUCGGCAGGUUUAUUUGUUUGCUGUGAGGAAAGUCCCCUGUGCUGAUGGGAAAUUGUAUCCAGGGGAGCCCGAGAGAGGCAGCAGCUUUCCUUACAAGGAGUUUGGCUGGGACUCAGCUGGCGAAAGUUGCAGGGAGCCUGAGCUCUCUUCCUCCCUGCCUCAUUCAUUCACGCGCGGGGCUGAGGGCUGGAGCCAGCAGCCGUGGGGACGGCGCAGCCGCCGAGUUCCCAAUGAUUCACUCGGCUUAUUGGUGCCUGGUGGCUGGCUUGUUCCUCUGGAUUCGGUGUGUGGGUGCAGCCUGGCCUUGCCUUGAGGAGGCGUGUGCGUGCGUGUGAGCAGGGGGCAAACCAUGGAUCUGUGGAUAUAAACAACAAAGCCUGCCCAGCAAACUCAUCCUCUCUGUGUCCCUCAUGAAAAUCCAGCUCUGAUUUCAAGGGUGGUCGGUCUCCUUUGGAUGCUCCCAUGCUUUCUCCUCGCUCUCUUUGAAAGGCAAGAGAAUGUCCUCGAUGUUUGGCAAGCCACGGGCCGCCCCCAGCACCACUGACCGUCACCUCCCCAGCCUGCUGCCUGAGUGCAACGUGGUGAUCUUAGGAUGCAGAGGAUCCGGCAAAUCAGCACUGACUGUGAAGUUUCUAACCAAGAGGUUUAUAAGUGAAUAUGAUCCCAAUUUGGAGGACACCUACACAUCAGAAGAAACUGUGGACCAGCAGCCAGUGCUGAUGAAAGUGAUGGACACAGCUGACCAGGACGUACCGGUGAACUGCGAACGCUAUCUCAACUGGGCCAAUGCCUUCAUGGUCGUCUACAGCAUUGACAACAAAAGGAGCUUUGAAGGUUGCCAGCAGUACCUGGAUACCAUUUCCCUCCACACAAAAGGCAUUCAGCACGAUUAUCCCAUCCUCCUGCUGGGAAAUAAGCUAGAUUUGGAGCAAUACAGACAGGUCACCAAGGCCGAAGGGGUGUCUCUAGCUGCCAAGCACGGGUGCUUGUUUUACGAGGUCUCUGCCUGCCUGGAGUUCGAGGCUGUGCAGCACGUGUUCCAUGAAGCGGCGCGGGAAGUGAGGAGGGAGAUGGAGAGGAACCUGCAGGUCCGACCGCUGUUCAUCACAGAGGAGAGGCCCUUCCUCCACCUUGCUGCCCCGACUGCCGUGGCCUCCAAGCAUGGCCUGGCUAGCUGCACGCUCAACACUCUCUCCACGGUCAACUACAAAGAGAUUCCCUCCGUGGCACAAGCCAAGCUGGUCACGGUGAAGUCGUCACGGGCUCAAAGCAAGAGGAAAGCUCCCACGUUGACCUUACUGAAGGGCUUUAAAAUAUUUUAAGCCUUGGCCCCUCCAAGGGAUGGGAAAGGAGCAGCCACUGGAUUUCCUGGCAUCCCAAGGAACCUUCUCCAACUUCUGCAGUGGCAUAUUUGACAAUCUCCAUGGCAGCAGUGGCUUACAGACCAUCUUCCGUGAUUUAUUGACACUGCACUUGGCCUUAGAACUACAGCAAAGCACUUUGGUAGGGAUGCAGCGAACAGGCCAGGGAUUGAGUGCAGAAGAGUCUGAAACUUUGUCAUAACAUCCUUCUAAAUCACUGACUAUUUGUCCAGUCCCUGUAGCUCAGUAUUGA